GAAUCCCCCGGAGGACAGCGCGCCUGCUCUGCUUGGCCCCACAAGGCGAGCGGCCCCGGGUCCCCCUCGCCGGCCUCGGCCGGGCUGCAAGAGGAACAAGGAGGGGGCUCGGGACCUUAAAAAUAGCAUCGCCCCCAUAACCAGGCAGCUGCCGCCUCCUGAGAAAUGAAGAAGUUUUUCGACUCGCGUCGGGAGCAGGGUGGCUCUGGCCCUGGAUCGGGCACCAGCGGCGGUGGCGGCGGCAGCGGUGGCCCGGGCAGCGGGUACAUCGGCAGGGUGUUCAGCAUCGGCCGGUACCAGGUGACGGUGGACGAGGUGCUGGCGGAAGGUGGAUUUGCGAUAGUGUUUCUUGUGAGGACUAACAAUGGGAUGAAAUGUGCCCUGAAGCGGAUGUACGUCAAUAACGAGUACGACUUGCAAGUCUGCAAAAGAGAAAUCCAAAUCAUGCGGGAUCUAUCUGGCCACAAGAACAUUGUUGGAUACAUUGAUUCCAGUAUAAACUCAGUAAGCAGCGGUGACGUGUGGGAAGUGCUGAUACUAAUGGACUUCUGUCGAGGAGGUCAAGUGGUGAACCUCAUGAACCAACGCCUGCAGACGGGGUUCACGGAGAAUGAGGUCCUGCAGAUCUUCUGCGACACCUGCGAAGCAGUAGCCAGGUUGCAUCAGUGUAAAACGCCAAUAAUCCACAGGGAUUUGAAGGUUGAAAACAUCCUGCUGCACGAUCGUGGCCACUACGUCCUGUGUGACUUUGGAAGUGCUACUAACAAGUUCCAGAACCCUCAAACAGAAGGGGUGAAUGCGGUAGAGGAGGAGAUCAAAAAGUACACUACGUUGUCCUAUAGAGCACCAGAAAUGGUCAACCUGUAUAGUGGCAAACUUAUUACUACAAAAGCAGACAUAUGGGCCCUUGGCUGUUUGCUGUACAAGCUGUGUUACUUCACCUUGCCAUUUGGGGAGAGCCAGGUGGCAAUCUGUGAUGGCAAUUUCACCAUUCCAGAUAAUUCUCGGCACUCGCAAGACAUGCACUGCCUCAUCCGGUACAUGCUUGAGCCAGACCCUGAUAAGAGACCUGAUAUUUAUCAGGUCUCCUACUUUGCAUUCAAAUUGGCAAAGAAGGAAUGCCCAGUCCAGAAUGUCCAGAACUCUCCAAUCCCCGCUAAACUCCCAGACCCGGUUAAAGCAAGUGAAGCUGCUGCAAAGAAGAGUCAACCAAAGGCCAGGCUGACAGAUCCCAUCCCUACGACAGAAACUUCCAUAGCGCCCCGCCAGAGACCUAAAGCAGGACAGACACAACCCAACCCUGGAAUUUUACCCAUUCAGCCAGCCCUGACGCCUAGGAAGAGACCCACGGCUCAAGCAGCCAUUCAGCCACAAGUGGCAGGACCUGCUGCCUUGGGCAGUGGUCAGCCUUCACUCCCUGCAAGCGUCCCCCAGCAAAAAGCAGCACCUCAACAGACUCCGGCACAGCCACAAGCCAAGCAGGCACCGGCUCCGCAGCAGGCCUCGCAGGCGCAGCCCCAGGUCCCUUCUACUCAGCCACAAGCCACACCUCAGCAUCAGCAGCAGCUUUUCUUGAAGCAGCAGCUUCUGCAGCAGCAGCAGCAGCAGCAACAGGCUGCUUAUUACCAGCAGCAGCAGAUGAUGCAAGCUCAGCAGUUCCCAGUGAUGCAGCAAGGAGCGCCAGCACAGCAGCAGCUGAUGCAGAACUAUUACCAGCAGCAGCAACAGCAGCAGCAGAUGAUGGCCCAGCAGGCAGCAAUGCAGCAGAAGACAGCAGUAGCAGCGGUUCAGCAAAAGCAACAAGCCCCAGUGCCGCCGCCACCCCAGGCCCAGCAAAGUGCGGCCCAGCCAGCGCCGCCGCAGGAGCAAGUGAUGCAGGCGCAAAUGAGGCCACAGCAAAAACCUCAAACCACACCCCCCACAGCAGUGCAAGGUCAGAAGCUGGGCUCUCUCACCCCUCCAUCCUCCCCCAAGACGCAGCGUGCAGGACACAGGAGGAUUCUGAGCGACGUGACCCACAGUGCGGUUUUUGGGGUUCCAGCCAGCAAGUCUACCCAGCUCCUGCAGGCAGCUGCUGCUGAAGCCAGUCUCAACAAGUCCAAAUCUGCCUCCACCACACCCUCGGGUUCCCCAAGGACCUCACAGCAGAAUGUCUAUAACCCGCCCGAUGUCUCCACGUGGAAUCCGUUUGAUGAUGAUAACUUCUCCAAACUCACAGCUGAGGAGCUGCUGAACAAGGACUUUGCAAAGCUAGGUGACGGGAAAGCUCCAGAAAAGAUGGGCAGUUCCACAGAGAACUUGAUUCCAGGUUUCCAGCCGGCUUCAUCUGCAACCCAGGCAGAUGCAUUUGGUGGCUCUUCCUUCACUGCUGGAUCAGCUGAAAAAACGAAAGACAUUCUGAGUUUGGACAGUAGCCCUCCUCUUCUGACUGUGCCUGAUCCUUUCAUUCCUCUCCCGUUAUCCGACAUGCCAGAAGAUACUAACCUGAUAUCAGGCUUUGAUGCUCCUGAGGGCUCUGAAAAAGUGACAGAAGAUGAGUUUGACCCAAUUCCAGUGUUGAUAUCCAAAAAUUCACAAGGUCUGCAGAGGGAUCCGGCCCUAUUCCCAGUUGUAGCUCUUGAACUCUGUAAAGGAUCUUCUGGCAGUGAUGGACUUGCUUUGUACAAGGGUCAGUCUGAAAUAGCAGAGGUGAAAACGCAGCACAACUCAGAGUCGGACUACUUAACAAGAGAUGGUCCUUCGAGCAACAGCUCCUUCUACAGCAGCGAAGGAGAGGGGACAGACCAUGAAGGAGAUAUUUUGGAUUGCAGCGGGUCCAGGCCUUUACUGAUGGAUUCGGAAGAGGAGGAGGAGACCUGCAAGUUGUGCACAGGGUUCCUGCAGUCUGCGCCCAGGGAAAGACAUGAGGCCUCCAAAGAAGAUCCCCACUCCCAGUCCUCCCAGACUAGAGCAGGGGAGACGCUGUUCCCUGCCUUCCAGUUGCACACCGGGGAGGUUUUUAACGAACCGGAUGUUUUUGCUACGGCUCCUUUCCGAAGCUCGAGAAAAGUGCCCGAUGAGGUGGAUGUCUUUACCAAAGCUCCUUUUAUCUCCAAGGGCACCGUGGCUCUUAGACAUCCAGAAGAAGCAGAUGUAUUUCUGAGAGCCCCUUUCACUAAAAAGAAAAUCAUGGAAGAGUUGACUUCCCAUAGUAUGUCUAAGGAACCGUUCGCACCACCCGUUUUCCUAAGUCAAGGAGGCGAUGUCCAACACAGAGCUAACCUGAUGUUCCCAAGCCUGGAUUCAGCAAUGCGUGGUUCCACGGCCUCGGCGAGAUCUCAGUAUCCCUCUGCCGGGUUUACUCAGGCAAGCAAUCUUCAUCCCUCUUCCGCAAGAGCCACGGAGACCCAGGAAAACAUCCCUUCUAAAGGUGUGCUGCAAGAGCAGGGUGGCACUGCCAGCGAGAGAAACCAAGGAGGACAUGCGCUGCCCCAGGAAGCCGUGCUGGGCUCCGUGGUUAACAAGCCUUUCCGUCCACAAUCCUUGUCAAAAUAUUCCCGUCACUACAGUCCAGAAGAUGGGCAGGGUCUUGAAGUCAAGCCCAUAGCUGCUUACAAAGUGGUUUCUCAUACCAACAGACAGGCGAUAGCAGGAUCUGUCUCUGUUGUCCCUCUGUCUUCCAGGACUACAGAGCUGCCGGGCGGGGAUCCGUUUGCUUCAGCACCCUUUCCUUCCAAAGCAGGAAAGCAAAAGCCUUAAUCUGCUGUGAGCUGGGAGGUGUGCUUCCCGUAGGACCGCCUCUCACAGGACCUUGAACCUCUUAGUUGAAAUUAAUGACAUAGCAAUAUAUAUAUAUAUAAAAAAAAAAAAUUAUUAUUUUUUGGUCAGAACUCUAUUUGCAGUGAUAUAUAGUUGAACCAUUUUAAGUUAUGUUAGUUAGUCUGAAUGCCUGGCCUCUCAGGAUCUUCAUAUCCUUUUCAGUUGCUUCUUACCUUCCUCCUCUCACUGUCUUCCCCCCCAUUUAUUUUUUAGAUGCUUUUCCAAACCAGUAAUAUUCUGUAUGUUCUGGUCGUGGCUGGGGAAAUGCAUUAUAAGAUGAAUGAAGAGGUUUAUUAAUUACAGAGCAAGUCAAGCAGGACUUGCUAGUGCUCUGGAAAGGAAGUGAUUUCACAGGUUAAACGGUUAUUGCGACUUCUUUCCUAUCAGUGGGGGCUUGUGGAAGAGAGCGAGGUUGUAUAUUCCUGCUGCUUGGCAGUGAUGGCAAACCUGGCAGCCGUGGCUCCGGAGUGAUUCUGUCGUGUGCAUUCGUAGGUUAUGUGCGUACCAAGUGAGAGCCGUGCAGGUGGUGUCUGGUACCAGGUUUGUGCAGUGCUGAUGUGAGCAGAGCCGUGGCAUCGCGCGUGCAGCAUUUCUUUGCUUGCUCUGGCGUGUAACACGUGAACGUGCUUCGGCCCGAGUCCUGUGCUGGAGCCCAGAGGAGUCGGUGGAAGGACUCGCAGUGCCUUCAGUCGCUUGUCUUGCAAACUCUCAGAUGCAUGAACUUCAGCAAAGCGAUCUGUCGGGCUGUUACGAUUACUGUUGUUUGGAAAAUUGAAUGAUCAGGCAAAGCUUUAGUUUUACGUGCAUAUUUCCUGUCUGGUUUAUGCCAAAGUGUAGGACCCAGAAAUUUGGUUAUGGUGUUGUGAAGGAGAGCACCGUGCAUUUUUACAGUAUUAAAAAUACGCCUUACGGAAAAACUUAUUAUGCAAACAACUCAAUAGACAUCCUGAUCUACAUACCUCAUUUGGUGUAAUUCAGCAUUGGCUGCAAUCCGGUUAGACUGAUUUAUACUAGCAGAGAACUUGACUCUAUACUUGUAAAUUCUGCCUUUUGUUUUCCUGUUGAUUAAGGAUGAAUCUAAACAAAAUCCAUUCACACUCCUUUGGUAACGUUUGCUCUACUUCCGAAAUACUGUGCUUUCUACCGUAUUCCCAAAGAGAAAGACAACUUCUUAUUGUUUGUUCAGUCAUUGAUGUGGUGAAUCCCAAUAGAGUGUUUGGAGGAAAAAUCGCCCGGGCUGGCAGCUGGGCAGAAACAAAGCAGACUUUGCUCCCCUCUCUUUUCACAAAUAUAAGACAGAUAAGAGUGAAACCUCCCAUCUUUAUUUUGCAAAAUGCCUGGAUGUGUAAGUUGUCUUGGAUCUGCUACUUCUGGCCCGCAAAAGCUACUUGUAAGUGUGGAUUGGCUUUCAAAAUAUCCAGUUAUAGGGACUCUUUGGCCUCCCAGUCGCUGAUGAAUCUUUGCAGUGCAGUAAUCCUUCGUAACAGGUGUUGGUGCUGCAGAAUGUCUCCCAAGAAAAAAUUUUGGUGGUUUUAUUUUUAAGGACUUGACAUCUAUGGAAAAAAAUCCCCAUUGACUCCAGUAGCAUCUGGCCAAGUCUUUUAAAAGCCUUGCGGUGGCCGUUUCCCAAGGGAGUUUGUUCAUUAUCACGUGAGCUGGAGCCUUGCACUGAGGGUAAAGGGCAUAUUUUGCGUUUGGGGGUCUCCCACGAGUGGCUUUGAGGUCUUUGGGCAUUUGCAGGGGAAUUGUUGGAGCAAUGGGUGGGUUGCUGACAUCAGGACUGGUCAUAUGUAGAGCAGGUUCCUGCCCUGCCCGCUUUCUGAUGUGCUUGUACUCGGAGAGAAAGUAGUGCGAGUACUGUCGCGCUAAGAGAGGGAAGGAUCAGCCGUAGCUCCUCCUAACUCCCUGGAGUCACACCCGGGAGAGCCUCUGCAGCCGAAAACAGACUUCAGUCUAGUUUUGUGUGAAAAAAAACCUGACACCACCUCCAGUACAUAGCUUUGUCCGAUGUCCAAAUAAUAAGCGUUAAAAGAAUGCAACAGGCAUAUUAAAGAUGCAUGUGAAGGCUGCUUAAACAAAGCAGAACAUUGCACAGUCCAGGGCUGACUUGCUGCCGACUUUUAAGCCGAGCAGCGUGAGGGGAGGAUGGAUGGAAAAACCCUGAAUGCCAGGAGCUGACUAGCGAAGCAUCUGCAAAUAGGAGUUGCUGACUGCUCCAUGUUUCCUCUCCCCUCCCUGAAUUCAGUUCCCCUCCAAAGUAUCUCCAGUUGCAAGAGAUGAGCCAAAUGUUCUGCUGGACGUGCUCGGCGUGGGGAUUGCCUGGAAGGGAGAGGGAGAAGCUUGGACUGAGGUCUUAAAGCCCUAGAGUGGGGAGGGAGAAUACUUGAAAGCAGGGAGGCUACGUUGACUUGCACAGCCCAGUUGAUGGCAAAUAGUGACUUGCCGAGCCCAAGUCAGGUCGAGUUGUGUGGAGCUGGGAACCUUCUGCCCUGCUCUGCUACGCUCGGAGUUAAGUAAUACUGGUGCAUACUGGUGGUUUAGGGUUCUUUCUGUCCUCCGUCACCACUGCUUGAAAACAGAAGUACUGUAAAGAAAUUUCUGGGUUUCCCUUGAGAUGUUUCUUCAGCAAAGCUGAGGCUGGUUUUUGUUGUGUUUUGUUGUUGUUUUCUGUUUAAAUAUAUACCCGAAAGGCGGCUGUUGUUUUUGUUUUAAAUAUAUACCCCCCCAAGCCGACUGUUGCUGGAUUGGAUCCGUGAGAGAUGCUGAGAAUGACUGCGAUAGCAAACUGUGAAUUCAAGGGAUACCAAGGAGACUGAGCGUGAGGGCCCAGAUGUGUUUCAACACGCAACCUGUGUCACGGCCGUGCAUGCAGCCAGGAGGCUGAAUUUGGCCUCGAGCUGUUAAAUUCGCUCGGGUAGCUGCUGGAAGGGAGGUCAGGCCUUGGCGGUGGAGGGGUGAAUCUGUGGAACAGGGAGAUGCUUCACUGGAGCGAGCAGGGACCGUGUAUAAAUAAGAUGUGGGUUCAAGGUGUUACCUCUGCUAACUGGAUUCAGGUUCUUCUUCCUUUCCUUCAUUUUUACUUGAAAAAUUGCUUUUGGAUAAUUCUGUGAAACUUCUUUCAAUGCCACGUCCAGGUCUCACUUAGCCGAUGCUGGAGAAGCAUUAGCCUGUUCCCCUUCAUGCUCGGACCGGAGCCCCUUGCCUCUUGUGUGUGUGUUUGUGUCGGCGGGGUGGAGACGAGCUGCGUGUAGUUCAGACCUUGCUAUCCUGCACUGCCAGCCAAGGGAGAAAGGGAAAAUGCACCGAGGUGCAGCGAGGUGUGCGGGCUUGUUUACAGCCCUGAUUCAGGUCGGGUCAGGCUGAAUUUCCAGCUAGCAUUUUGGCAGCUUUUAUGUUCUUCAAGCACUUUACACGAAGAGCAAGCUAACCGUGCCCCAGAAGCUAAUGAUCCUGCCAGCAUACAUCCAGUGCUUAAACGGUUUUAUAUCUCUUUUGGGGGGUGGAGGCAGCUUGUUUGGAGGCAUCUCUGCAUGUGACCUAUAAAGUAAUGGGACUUUCGGUUAUGGUCAGAAAACUGCAUUUCAAUGCCUGUUAGACUGAUAUCCUUCUCAUUUCCAGCCUGUAUUCCUCCUAAUCCUGCACUGCCAGCGCCGCAGCUUCAGCGUGAUGAAUUGUAAGUGGAAAUUUCAUUUCCAUAGUCUCUGAAGCUUACUGUUUUUAAUGAAUGUGGAAGAAUAAUGCUGAUUGUUUUCUUUGCCACACAGCCAGUGGUCUUAAUGAAAUAAGACCGGUAUGGCCUCAAUGCAGCAUUUUGAAGUCAGUUUUCUGAACAGAACCACUGGUUUAAUCUUUUUUUAAAGCUGUAGUAAAUUCUGUUAACUGCCCUGGGUCCUCAUGCACGGCCAGAGGGCCGCAGUUAUCGCUGCGGUCCUGCGACAAUCUUAGAUUCGUGCUGGGAAAGGGACUGGUUCUUACCCAUUGCCAACUUCAGCUUGAAUGCACUUAACGUCUCUCUUCAAAGUGAUUAGUCGGAGUUUCUGCAUGCUAAAAAAAAAAAAAAAGCAGUUGGCUUGGCGUUCUCUGCCUCACUGCCAUGAUGUUUGUACAGCGCACGUAACGGGACCAGCCGCCGUGGUGGUAACCUGCACUUUCUGCAGCCUGCUGCAGUAUUUUCGGGACUUUCCCCGUAUCUCCUCUCCCUUGCAGCCAGCUCAGCACUAGUCAUACGUGGUGUUAAGUUUACAAUCUUAGUCUCUUGAAGCCAGCGCACACUCAAUCUGUAAUGCACACUAUGCAUGGAGCCCAUAGGUGAUAUUAAGCUCUUAACAGCAAACCCGUGUAAGCAAUCAUGACACAUAGCGCCUGAAGCAUGUCUUCAGUGGGACUUAAGCAAGACUGAGCGAGAUCUGUUUAAUUGCUGAACUCUCAAUCACUCCAAAGUGGUAAUCGGUUACUUUAACUCAGCUUCCACCAAAGACUCUUGUGUUGGGGAGUUGAAUUUUUGUGGGUGUUUUGGUUUUUUUUCCUCAUGGUGUUAAAUCAAGGCCUUUCAGUACACCGGAAGACUCCAAAGCAUUUUUACAGUAGUGUCUUGACAGUGAAAUCUUGUUCCAGUUCUGAAACACAUUCCUGAAACCUGAUCAGCUGUGUUAGUGUUUCUAAAAAUAAGCCAUGGCCUGUAGUUUCCAUUGUAGGUAGGGUAAAUACUGUCACACACACCUAGACAUACUCCCCUGUGAAGUUAGAGGGAUAAUGGUGAUCCACUGUUCCCCAAUCCCUCCCCUCCAAAGGGAGAAAUAAUUGCUUGCAGGGGUGGGGAGAGCAGGGUGCUUGUUCAGGGCCGGGAGCUCUGAUGUAGGAUGCAGCUGGUAGAGCAUCACUACACGCCGAGUCCGGCAGUGAAAGAAAUUCCUUUGUUUCUGCGUGGAGUGGGAAGCCGGAGCUGGGAGUGUCCGUGCUCUCCGCUAACUGUGACAAACAAUCUGUGACUCGUGUCCUAAGAGCAGUGUUUCGUUUGCACUGCACUGUUAUUACGGUAAUUCUUAGCAGUCUUGGAAGUACCUCUGACUUGCAGAUUUGAUGGAGUCAAGUUUUGCACUCUGGGUGUGAUCAUCUGUGUUUCUGGUAAUCAUUAUGAAGAAACGUUUGAGUUGUAAACUUAUGUACAUUUUAUUAAAACUGUAUCUGAUUACAAUA